UGAAAUGAGGCGCUGUGUUGUGUUCCUUUGUGUCGCUGCCGGGGUGCUCACACAGGCGAGCAGAGGUGAGGUCUCCACUCCUCCCCCCGCUGACGACACGAAUGAGGCUGCCGACACGCCUUCCCUGCUGUUCGGUGGCCCCUACACUCCUGCCGGUCUCGGGGAGUUCUCUCUUCAUUCCUACCUGAGCGGCAUCGAGAAGGCGGCAAACGAGCCGGCCACCUGCACAGACUGCGUCACCCUCGACACAACCCACGACCCCGGACGAAAGGGACAGCAGACCGUCACAGAAGUGACGGACAACAAGGUGCCGCCUCUGCGGCCUCCCCUUGUGCACCAGGGGGACAAGGCCACCUAUGAGGUGCAGAUCACCGUGUCGGCUGCUGGGGAGCUGACGUAUUCGGUGCACGAGACGGAUGGCGACGGGCGGCGAGGGAAUCAGCUGCUGCGGGAGGCGGCAUUGGGGAUCACUGUGGAUGGGGUUGACCUGGGGCAGGAUGUGCACAUCACUUCAGUGGCUCGGCAGCCGAUUGAGUAUCGCUAUCGCACACGAGGCAAACACAACGAGGCUUACAACCACGGUGAGCCGACAAAGGGAGAGAGAGGCACCUGCGUGAUGUACAUUCCUGCCUGCCUCUCUGCCUGCCUGUCUGUCUGUCUGCAGGCAACGAGUACACAGUGACUGUCAAGAACAAGCAGGCGUCAACAGACUUUCUGGUCACCUUUCGUCUGUACGAUGAGGGGAUGGCAUUCCGAUACAGCCUCGCGGACGGCCAACGCAAGCACAACAAAUCGGUGCAGAUUAACGGCGACAGCUCCUCAUUCGCUGUGCCGAGGGAUGGCAUCGUUUGGUGAGCAAAGUGCCGCAUAUGCCAUGCCGACCAACUCACGGGCAUCUUGUCUGUGUGAGGGACGUUUGGUCAGGCACUUCUAUCGCGACCUCAACUACAGCCGUGAAGCCAAGAAAAAGAAGAACUUCAACUACUCGGGCCCCUGGCAGUCCCACCCCGUCAGCAAGGCCGGCAAGUCCAUGCCUGUGUACGGCCCUCCAAUCCUCAUCGACACGGCCGACGGUAAGUGGGGUUCGGAUGAGCACUACAAGUACCUCCUCAUCACCGAGGCAGCGCUCUACAAGUUCACGGGCAUGCGCCUGGAGCCGGAGCCCGACGGUGUGUUCCGCGCCGAUCUGACCGAGAAGCACCUCGACGUCCCAGCAUCCUUUAAAACGCCCUGGCGAGUCGUGGCCAUGGCGAGGAAUCUGGACGAGCUCGUCAACACGGAUAUCAUGACGCACCUCAACCCGCCGCCUGACCCCAGGCUCUUCGCAUUCCGAUACGGCGACGUGCAGGCCGGGGCGGCGGAUGGGCGGAAGAGGCGGGCCGUCUACUAUCCCUCCUGGAUCAAACCUGGCCGCUCUGUCUGGUCAUGGUGAGUGCUACCUGCGAUCGCUGGGAUUCUCUCCGUUUUACAUCUCCCUCCUCCUUGUCUGCUUGCCUGCAGGUGGACCAAGGAGACUGGUACGCCCAAGCAGGAGCGGGAGUUCGUCGACUAUGCGGUCAAGCUGGGGUACGAGUACACGACACUCGAUGUGGGCUGGGAGCGGUGGUACGCCGACGACGCCAUGUUCCCUAAGCCCAAGAAGCCCAGCAAGGCCUAUCCCCACAAAGACCCCAGGGAGGCCCUCGCGCCAGUGCUGCUGCCCCUACCUGAGGCAACCGGCAACAGAGAAGACAGUCGGCCCACAGCCCAGCACAAGUUCGACUUCGAGCGGCGAACCAAGGCCCGCUGGCCCCUUCUUCGUGACUUCUGCGAGUACGCCAACGACAAGGGUGUGAAGGUCAUCGUGUGGAAGAUGGCGGACGAGCUGGCCAUCCCGGGCAAAGACGGCAGCUACUCGAGGAUGGACAACUUCUUCGACAAGGUCACACAGCAUGGCGCGUCGGGCGUCAAGAUCGACUUCGUCAGCCGCGAGACACUCGACAGGGUGGAGUUCGAGACGGCGACUUUCAUUCUGGCCGCCAAGCACCAUCUCAUGAUCAGCUUCCACGGCGUGCACAAGCCACACGGUGAGGCCCGCCGCUUCCCCCACGAGGUAGGCCGGGAGGCCGUGUGGGGCAACGAGAUCGAGAAGUUCGUCAAGCACAACGGGGCCGAUGUGGACCACAUCCCGGCCAGCCACAAUGCCGCCCUGCCAUUCACCCGCUUUGUGGUCGGCCCGGGCGACUACACCCCCCUCGUCCUGCGGCCAGAUGCCAGGGGGCAAACCACAGCGGUGCGGUGCGCUGCGCUAGCCACUUCCACACAACCAUGCCCACACUCGUGCCGUGCCCGCCAUCUCUCUUGAUAUCAUCUGUGCCUGCAGGUGCAUCAGAUUGGCACGAUGGUCUUGUUGGAUUCGCCCAUCAUGACGGUGGCUGAGCACCCAGAGGUGAUCCUCGACGACAAACGGCCCCAUGCCCGUGCCGUCGACCUCAUCAAGGCCAUUCCCACCACAUGGGACCAGACGCACGCACUCAGGCAGAGCAGAAUCGGACAGCUCGCCGUCCUGGCGCGUAGGAAUGGUGGCACAUGGUGGCUGGCGGCGCUGAGUGGACUCAAUGAAGAGCAGACAGUCGAGAGCAUCGACACGUCCUUCCUGGAGCAGGGGCGGGUGUACCGUGCGGUGAUUGUUGGGACCAAGUGGGCAGAGGGGAAGGGGGAAGAGCUGUACAGGCGAGAGGAGGAGUGGAGCAAGGGCAAAGGGCUGACGAAUGUGCGGCUGCUGCGGGGCGAUGGACUGGUGGCACGAUUUGUGCCGAGGUGAUUAUGGUGACGGAGCCGGCCGUAUGUGUGUUGCUAUUUGUUCACUUUGUGUUCGUAUUUGUCCCUCUGGAGUUUGCGAUGGCUAUCUAAGUGCUUUGGAUGCGUUCUGUACUCGACCCUUUUGUUGGUGUCACUUUGUGCGGGCACGGUUUGUGUGAUGAUAGGGCAGAAGGUCAUGCACGAUGUGUGUCAUUUGUUGGCGAAGUGUCUUUUGUGAACACCAAGAGCACGGUUGAGUAUCGAGAAGGCGGUUCAUGUCCGCUUCUUCGCACCAAUGUCCAGCCACCUUACAUGAAUUGAAAGGGAAAAUGAAG